AUGUUCUGGGCUCUCGCGUUCUCAAUCUUCCUCGAACUUAUGUUGUCGAGAGUGAAAUUCAACCAUCCUGAAGAAUUCAAAUACCGCAAAGCGACUCUUCAAUGUCGCCCUAUGGGCGCUCUGGCUUUAUGCCUAACCCUCCCCACCCUCGCUGCUUUUCCAACGUCCAAACACUUCGACCUGACCAAACCCUCUUACGACCUCUUCCGCGGCCAAAACUUGCACGAACACUGCGUUCAACAAAACUUUGCCUUCGACAAUAUCAACAGACGCUUGUUCGUUGCGCAGCUGCGCGACGGCAGUGGGGACGCAGGUCACCUCUGCAUUACACAGCUCGAUAUCUCCGGAAAGUAUAUCGGCCACAUGCACCUGAAUAAGUUCAACCAUAACAUCUCCUUCAGUGCACAGAAGACCAAUAGCAAUGGGUACGGCAAGAAGCUUGCACGCUUUAAGUGGAAGAAAAGGGCCACGUUAUCCAACACUUCAUCAACAUUGAGAAAAUUCACACCUGUCAAGGGCGCGACGGAGCAUAUUGCCUCCAUUGACCCGGUACAGAAUAGGUUGAUCGUCCGCUACAACAAAAGCUGCAAGAAUAUCGCCGUCUUCGACUUGAAGGCCACCACCAGGGGUGAUUUCUCUAAACCCUUAACCAACUUCAAGCAACCCUCGUUGGACAAGUUCAAAUCCAAGGUGUUCCAGGGGUAUGCAGCGUAUGGGUCCUAUCUGUAUAUUAUGACUGUCACAUCUUAUGAUGAAAGUGGUGGGAAGGUGAAUUCCGAAGUUGCUUGCAUUGAUAUGAAUCCAGGAAAGAUGGUAAGGGUCCUACACUGA